CUGGAGUGCGCUGUCCUCCGUACAGAGGGAAUAGAGAAGACGUGUUGAUGACGUAUGCAAUAUCCAUUUUGUACAUUAUUCGCAGGUGUUGUCAAUUCGGUUGACUACUGGGUUAUAAACACGUAAUUUGUUAACCGUUAGCCUUCCAAGGCUAAAUAAGAAGGCAUCCUGGAAGAAGCGGGUGAACCGAAGAUCCCUACGCAGCAUGGAUUCUAUGUAACUCCGGCAAAAUGUAAUGAGGAGAUGGCUCCGGGAGAGAAAGAUCAACAGGGUACCAACCGUAUAGUGUUGGUCAAGAAAAUCAUCAUGAAAGAUGGGCCCACGCCGGGCCAUGGCAUUGGCAGACCCAGUGUCUCCCAUGCUGUGGUGGUCAUCUUCCUGGAGUUCUUUGCCUGGGGUCUCCUCACCACUCCCAUGCUGACAGUUUUACAUGAAACGUUUCCACAGCACACAUUUCUGAUGAAUGGCCUCAUUCAAGGUGUGAAGGGUCUCCUGUCCUUCAUGAGCGCCCCUCUGAUUGGUGCCCUGUCAGAUGUGUGGGGCAGGCGGUCCUUUCUAUUGGUCACUGUGUUCUUCACCUGCGCCCCCAUCCCGCUCAUGAGACUCAGCCCCUGGUGGUACUUUGCAGCGAUUUCCAUGUCAGGGGCUUUCUCUGUCACCUUCUCCGUCAUCUUCGCUUACGUCUCUGAUGUCACAGAGGAGCAUGAAAGAAGCACAGCGUACGGACUGGUGUCGGCUACAUUUGCAGCCAGCCUGGUGACGAGUCCGGCAAUCGGGGCGUACCUGUCCGCGUGUUACGGUGACAACCUGGUGGUGUUGGUGGCUACGCUGGUGGCUCUGGCAGACAUCUGCUUCAUCCUGCUGGCCGUGCCAGAGUCCCUACCGGAGAAGAUGAGACUCAACACCUGGGGAGCACCUAUCACCUGGGAGCAGGCAGACCCCUUCCAGUCGAUGAGGAAAGUAGGGAAGGAUCCCACGGUUCUUCUUAUCUGUAUAACGGUGUUCCUGUCCUACCUACCUGAGGCUGGCCAAUACUCCAGCUUCUUCCUAUAUCUUAGACAGGUCAUUAACUUUUCAUCGGCAACGAUCGCAGUGUUCAUCGGGGUGGUUGGGAUCCUCUCCAUCAUAGCCCAGACACUUAUUCUGACAGUCUUGAUGAGAACUAUUGGAAACAAGAACACGGUCCUACUGGGCCUGGGCUUCCAGAUUCUACAGCUGGCUUGGUAUGGCUUCGGGUCAGAACCAUGGAUGAUGUGGGCUGCAGGUGCAGUAGCAGCCAUGUCUAGUAUCACCUUUCCUGCAGUGAGCGCCCUGGUGUCUCGCAGCGCAGACCCAGAUAAGCAGGGUCUGGUUCAGGGGAUGAUCACUGGUAUCCGAGGCCUGUGUAACGGUCUGGGCCCGGCGCUGUAUGGACUUAUCUUCUUCAUGUUUAACGUAGAGCUGAACACAAUCGACCCCAUCCAGGGAGAGUACCCCAUCGACCCUAUAUCUAUUAACCCCCCGACUGAGAAAUCCUUGAUCCCCGGCCCUCCCUUCCUGCUGGGCUCAUGCACGGUGGUGGUGGCAUUCCUGGUAGCCUUGUUUAUCCCCGAGAACACCGAACCUCCAGUAGUGACCUGUGCUGACGCCAAGGAUACCUCCAUGCUAGCCGGUGUCCACAUCAACACCCCGUUACCAGGCAGCGACGAGGACACACCAGCGCCAACCAGCGACGAGGACUUUGAGCCCCUCCUGCAGGACAGCGUUGUGUGACUGAGGGAGGAUGGAGGGCAGCAGGCAGCUCCUGCAGGACAGCGUUGUGUGACUGAGGGAGGAUGGAGGGCAGCAGGCGGCUCCUGCAGGACAGCAUCGUGUGACUGAGGGAGGAUGGAGGGCAGCAGGCGGCUCCUGCAGGACAGCAUCGUGUGACUGAGGGAGGAUGGAGGGCAGCAGGCGGCUUUGGUAUUAUUACACCCAUCUACGGGUACCACGCCCCCAUGUAGCCUAGCUAUCCCCAACGGAGGAGGAGAGGGAGAAAGGGGGAUGGGAGAUGGGACAGGGGCCUAGCUAAGUAACCUCAAUAUUGUGUGUAACUCCUUUGCACUGCACAACCAACCAUUCCCCGGUCCACACCCCUGUCCCCGCCCCUGUCCCCAUAGGAACUAGUAUUUAUUUAUUUAGGAUGAUUGGAUAUGCUGUUUAUGAUGUUGUGAUCUUACAGGGGAUGGUUACCCCAGUGUUGUUGGGUUUUUCACCUCUAGGAAUCUGAGUUUUGCUAUAAGAGUCUGAAGGGAGAAAUAGCGAAAAUAGCAGACCCAGCAGGCAAAACUGGUUACUGGGUGUAAUCUGGUUGUAAUGAUGCCAUUUCAACCUGUUUUGCCCGCUGGGGAGAUUGAGUGAGUUGUUAUUUUUUUUAACAAGAUGUUCAGUAGAGUUAGAAGGGAAAGAGCUUGCUGUGCCCUGCAUUUUAUUGCUUCAACGCAUCUUCAAACUCAGCUGCUCAGCAUUUACUGUAGUCAACACCUAAUGGUACUUCAAUACAAGGAGGCUUGAACCGAAUCCGUGAAAUGCAAGGAGAUCUGUGCCAGUAGUCAGUCAACAACACUUAAAAUAUUUAUUUAGAAGACUUGUUCACUAUGAGCAGCCAUAAGAUUACGACAUUAUAAAAGGGAUGAGAUAUACUGUAAGUCCGAUAUUUCGUAGGAGCUUCUGUUCACAAGCCUUACAACAACUCAUAUUAUUCAGAGAGCAGUUAUCAUAUCAUUGUCUUAUAACAGGUGGGGAAACAUGGGAGAUUAGGAUGAUAGGAUAUUUGACAUAAGAAGAUUAGAUCUUGGUGUAAUUUUUACGACCAAGAUCUCAAAACGUCUCACACUUUAUUGUGCAGAGUUUUGGUACUUGAACCACUGGUCCUUGAGUAACUGCUGAAAGUGUUAUUGUAUAGUGAGAACAUGGAACAAUUUAAGAUAUUCACUGGAUGUGGCCUCCUGUCAUUAGGAGGCAGUGCUGAGGUGUGGAUGAUGCCAUUGGGUUAUGGUUGUCAUGGUUUCAUGCUGUGCUCUGCAGUUUCUGUUCAGUCUGCGAAAUUUUUAUUGGUACUGUACUAAAAAGGGUUUUCAUCUUGAAGUAUAUAAUUUAUAAGAUGUAUUUAUGAUGUAUUUUAUUUAUAUUAUCCAUACUGUAAAAAUGAUAUUGCUAACAGUCUGCAACAUAUUGACAAAUGUGUAGGCUACUCUGGUAGUAAUAAUAAUGUAUUUGACUUGGAGGAACACGUUUUUACAGGUUUUCUUUUUGUAAUUUUUGGGAUAAUUUUUUUAUUCUUUUUUAAGUAUAACCUUACCCUGAAGUAUAUGAUAGGGGUGGAUUUUCAAGGUGAGGUUUCCUUUUUUUAAUUUGGGUGACAAAAUCAUGACUUUCAAUCAUAGUUUUUUUCCUUCACUAAAUAUGUCCCAGUGUUGCUAGCUACCUCAGCUUUAAAAUGACUUAUUUUGAAGUCUGAUUUUAACGUGGUUUAACCAUAAUUCCCAAAACCAUCGUUAGCUCAUAGUUUUCACCCCCCAAGAGUCAAACUUAACAAACCAGGGUUUAUAAAAUAUAAAUUAAGAGAAAGCAAUUUCACCUGAUCAAAUCCAUUAGAGGCACAGUAUUAUCCUCUUUUCUGUGAGGUUGUCACAAUGUGUAAAUGUUCAUAUUUUAUAUGUACAUACUGUAUUGAAUUAAGGGUAUUAGCCUGUAUCCCUACAGGUUUUUUAACCAAUAUUUACCCCCCAUGAACAACAACGCCAAGUUGUUUUCCCUAAUCUGAAUGAGGAAGUAGUUUGUCUAGACCUACCUACAGCUUUAUGUAAAGGUACUCAAUACCUGUGUCAAGUUGAGUAUGUACUGAAGGAGAUUCCUGUUUGGAUGCAUAAUGCAUGAAUAGUGACUAGCUGUCCAUGGAUCUUUUUAAAAGAGUAUAGUAUUAGAAAGCUCACAAAAUGUGUCGUACUUGAAUGUGAACUUUUUAAAGUAUUUAUAUUCCCCAAAAGGUGGCCAUGAGGACAGAAAGACACAGCUACACGUCUUCUUGUCUGUCCCUGAAAUGAUACGAUAAACAACAUAUUAGGUAUACCGCUUCUAGACCGUUGAUUAGUUAUUGGUUGUGCUCAGACGGAGAUUGUGUGAGUGCUUCUGCUUUCCCCUGACGGUUUGCCAGUCAUGUCCUUGUUCUCUAAGGUACCUGUACGCAGGUUCCUAUCAGCGAGGGACAUGAUUGAAGUGAGCAGGAGAAGGUAAAGCUUCCUAUCUGUCACCUCCAACCCCAAUCCUAUUGUGAAGUAUUUUGACCAAGAAUCCAUAAAUUGAUGUCAGAAGGUCAACAGCUACUUUCAGUCAGAGUGACUGUUGUUGAAUUUCCUACAGUGUUAUAUUGUACCUUGCCUGUAAGAGUAAAAAUGAUUAUUAGUAUUAUGAAUUAUAUGAUGAAGACUAUUGCAUUGUAAUGUAUUGUAUAUGUUAUGGAAAAGUAUAUCGGAAUGGUUACAAUACAUAUCUCUAGGACUGCUAUAUUUUUGGAACCGUUUUAGAACUUCAUUGCCCACAAAUCUGAAAUGCCCCCCCAUGAAGUAUUUUUCUUAUUUUGUGUAACAUGAUUCAUAGUUGUGUUUGUAGGAUGAUGAUUUCUAACCAUGAGACAACACAUUCCACCAUGUGCUCUUUCUGUUUAUCUACACCCAGCAUCUUCAUGAGAGGAUUAUUAUACAAACGUGCCUAACAAGUGAACAUGUUCAUUUCUGAAGAUAAGAAAAAUGACUAUAGCUUUGUCUCAAAUGGCACCCUAUUUCCUUAUUAGUGCACUACUUUUGACCAGGGUCUAUUGACCAGGGCCCAUCGGGCUCUGGUCAAAAGUAUUGAACUAUAUAGGGAAUAGGGUGCCAUUUGGGACGCAGCCUAUGUAAAUACUAACGGUGUACAUGAAGUGGAUGUUAUUGCUCAUGAUAACUCAAACAAAUGAGAUAUACAUGGGCUAUGUAUAUAUAUACCUCUUAUGUCUUGUCUUGGAAAAAAAAAAAAAAAAUGUUGAACUGUUAAUAAAUAAAUAAAAACAUGACCGAAGUCAAGUACUGUAAC